ACGUGUGAGUUGUGAGAUGUAAAACUCCAUCCAUUCCCCCAUGGACUUCUUCACGUGGUCGUGUCCUGUCGCGUGAACGCCACUCUCACUCAGCUCGAGGCUUUCUAACCAACUUCGAUCCGCCGAGAAGACGAAUUUGUUUCUACUCAUGGAGGAGGAGGAGGAGGAGGAGUUUGAAACCAACUCAUCUCAAAUCAAAAGGUUUAUAGAUUGUUGUAGCUGUUUGGAUGUGCAUACUGCGAUGGAUACAAAUGUUGCUUACUUGUACAAGAAAAGGAAGCUUCGAUCUGAGUUUCUGGAAACAAACUUUCCAAGGCAUGUGUGUGGUGAUCAAAUGCUUGAAUCCGAUGCAUCUGAAUUGAGCACGAAGAAGGUGAAAAGUAGCUUGUACGAUAAAGGGGUUAAAUCAAAUUCAGAUUCUGCAGAUAGCUGCAUCACGUGUCCACCUGAUGGCCCUAAUAGUUGCAUCUUAUAUUUGAAAAUGCCCACGCCCUCAACUAUCAAGCCUUUUACUACAUCGGCUGGUUGUGAUGGCUCCUCAUCUGUGAUCAUUCCUGACCCUUUAGAGAAUCAAUUGCUGGAAAAAUCAUCUUCAGGCAAAUUAGAGUCAUCAUCCAUCUGUGAAGAAGCUGAAUGUCACGGAUUACAGCAAACUGAUGGCUACGAGGAACUUGUAGAAUUUGGAGGUUAUGCUAAUUGCAAUUGCUUAGAAUGCCUGAAAGGUGGCAUUGAGUACUGUACAGAUGAGGAACUUCAAAACCCACAGCUGGCACACCAUGAUUACGUCCUUUCAUCUGGAAGGUGGUCUGUUUGUCAAGACACGCAGCAGGACACUAGGAAACUAACAAUUGACAAGGAGUUUGAAGAGUACUUUUCAAUGCUCAUGUUGUGACAUGUGAUGUUGAUGAAUAAGGGACGAAUGUCUAAAUUAUUGCUCCAUCUGUGGUCUGUUAAGAGUUCCUGUGUGAGGACAAAGCUUUGGGAUCAUACUUAUUAUCAUCUGUUGUAUACAAAUGAUUCAUUGCAUAUGAAUGAAUUUUACAUUAGAUGCCUUUCA